AUGAAAUCAUCAAGGCUUCUCCUGCUGUCCUCCAUCAUCGGGCAUUUGUCUGGUUCAUCCUCAAUAAAUAAAAACACACAAUGAGAAGAACCCUAACUACCUCCCCUUCAUUCGUCCUCAACAACCAAUAAAAAACAACUCUUUUCUUCGUACCCAUUAAGAAUACUGAAACUAUCAAGAAAAUUUAAAUGUAGCUAGCUGAUCAGCUUCAUUUCAUGAUUUCUUGGUGGUGAAGAGUAAGCAAAUUAGAAACAGCUUGGAGUUUUGCUAUUAGCAUUUUGGGUUCUUUCUUUUCUUGGAUAAAUAAUAUUCGCAUGGAGUAGAUGAAAUAAGAGAAGAGAAGAAAAAGAAAUCAGAAACGGAGAAAAAGGAAACGAACUUCAAGUUCAGAUUUGGAAUUGUGGGGCGUGAGGAGUUGGGACAGAUUGGCUAAAAUGAGGAACAUAAGGAACAUCUGUUCUUUUCUUAUUGUAAUGUUAUUGGGUCUUUUGGUUCUUGGGAAAGCAGAAAUAUACAUUGCGACAGUUGAAGGGGAACCCGUGAUAAGUUAUAAAGGUGGUGUCGAUGAUUUUCUAGCCACUGCUGUGGAAUCUGAUUCUAAUGAGAAAAUUGAUGUCACUAGUGAAUUGGUAACAUCUUACGCCCACCAUCUAGAGAAGAAGCAUGAUAUGCUUCUUGGAAUGUUGUUUGAGCGUGGGACCUACAGGAAGCUCUAUAGCUACCGUCAUCUUAUCAAUGGCUUUGCAGUUCACAUUUCUCCCGAGCAGGCAGAAAUACUUAGAGGAGCACCUGGUGUUAAAUCUGUUGAGAUAGAUUGGAAGGUGAGGAGACUGACAACCCACACACCCCAGUUUUUGGGGCUUCCUACUGGUGUAUGGCCAACAGGAGGUGGCUUUGACAGAGCUGGAGAAGAUAUUGUGAUAGGCUUUGUGGAUUCCGGUAUUUAUCCUCAUCAUCCAAGCUUUUCAAGUCACAACACUGAGCCCUAUGGGCCUGUUCCAAAAUACAGAGGAACAUGUGAAAUUGAUCCAAACACCAAGAAGGACUACUGUAAUGGGAAGAUUAUUGGAGCUCAACAUUUUGCCAAAGCUGCUAAAAUGGCUGGCGCGUUUAAUGCUGAAAUUGAUUUUGAUUCUCCCCUUGAUGGUGAUGGACAUGGAAGCCACAUAGCGGCUAUUGCAGCUGGAAAUAAUGGAAUUCCUGUGAGAAUGCAUGGAUUUGAAUUUGGAAGAGCAAGUGGGAUGGCACCUCGUGCCAGGAUUGCUGUCUACAAGGCCCUCUACAGAUUAUUUGGUGGUUUUGUUGCAGAUGUAGUUGCUGCAAUUGAUCAGGCUGUUCAUGAUGGUGUGGACAUUCUGAAUCUCUCAGUGGGGCCAAACAGUCCUCCGGCAACAACAAAGACAACUUUUUUAAACCCUUUCGAUGCUACACUUCUUUCAGCUGUGAAAGCUGGAGUUUUUGUUGCACAGGCAGCCGGAAAUGGUGGUCCUUUUCCCAAAACCUUGUUGUCUUAUAGUCCGUGGAUAGCAUCUGUAGGUGCCGCAGUUGAUGAUCGGAGAUACAAGAACCAUCUGACCUUGGGAAAUGGGAAAAUCUUGGCUGGACUUGGUUUGUCACCUGCAACACAUGCAAAUCGAACAUUUACCUUGGUAGCAGCUAAUGACGUGAUGCUGGAUUCUUCAGUUGCAAGGUACAGUCCUGCUGACUGCCAAAAGCCGGAAGUUUUGAACAAGAAUUUGGUGGCAGGGAACAUUCUCCUCUGUGGCUACUCCUUUAAUUUUGUCAUUGGUACUGCUUCAAUAAAAAAGGUCUCACAAACUGCAAAGAGUCUUGGCGCAAUUGGUUUCGUUCUAGCAGUGGAAAAUGCUUCACCAGGAACAAAAUUUGAUCCUGUUCCUGUUGGUAUUCCUGGAAUCCUCAUUUCAGAUGUUAGCAAGUCCACGGAACUCAUAGACUACUACAAUAUCUCUACACCAAGAGAUUGGACUGGGCGGGUUAAGAGCUUCAAGGCAGUAGGAAGUAUCGGGGACGGUCUAAAGCCUAUUCUCCACAAGUCUGCCCCACAAGUAGCAUUGUUCUCUGCUCGAGGACCUAAUAUCAAAGACUACAGCUUUCAAGAUGCAGAUCUCCUGAAACCAGAUAUUCUUGCUCCUGGUUCUCUAAUUUGGGCUGCCUGGGCUCCUAAUGGAACGGAUGAGGCAAACUAUGUUGGUGAAGGAUUUGCUAUGAUAUCUGGAACUAGCAUGGCUGCACCACAUAUAGCAGGAAUAGCUGCUCUCGUGAAGCAGAAGCACCCCCACUGGAGUCCUGCAGCUAUCAAAUCUGCCUUGAUGACUACAUCAACUACCCUUGACAGGGCAGAAAGACCACUUCAAGCUCAAAUAUAUUCUGGAUCCGAUACUGUGGCUCUGGUCCCUGCAACACCUUUCGAUUGUGGGAGUGGCCAUGUCAGUCCUAGAGCUGCUCUGGAUCCUGGACUUGUUUUUGAUGCAGGAUAUGAAGACUACUUAGGGUUCUUGUGCACCACACCCGGAAUUGAUGCUCAAGAGAUAAAAAACCAUAUGAAUUCCCCAUGCAAUUAUACUUUAGGCCAUCCAUCAAAUCUCAACACCCCCUCAAUCGCUAUUUCGCAUCUCGUGGGAACUAAAACGGUCACACGCACUGUGACAAAUGUUGCCCAGGAAGAAACCUAUGUGAUCACUGCAAGAAUGGCACCUGCAGUUGCCAUCGAAACCAGCCCUCCGGCAAUGACUCUACGACCCGGUGCAUCACGGGAAUUCUCUGUGACGCUCACUGUUCGCUCAGUCACCAGAUCCUACAGUUUUGGAGAGGUUUUGUUGAAAGGCAGUAGAGGGCACAAGGUAAGGAUUCCUGUUGUGGCCAUGGGUUAUAAUCGGUAGGCUGGUCACAAGUUAAUGACACGUUUUGGCAUGCAGUAUUGAACAUGACUAGACAGUGCAGUGAACAAGAUUUUAACUUCUCCUUUAUCAUCGACAUUGUCAAGUACUGUGCAAUUCAUCUCGCCAAAUUAUGUUAUCAUGAUGGUAUUCUUUUGGAUCUUUGUGGGGAAUAUUGUGCAUGAGGCCAGAUGUGUUUCGUCAACAAGAUAUAUUUCGAGAAGAUGAAAAGAUAAAUGGUACGAAGCGAUGUUUCAUUUUGUCCAAUCGAGUUAGUUUUGCUUAUUUGUUGUGUAAUAUGGUGGAAUGCUUGGAUUCCCCAUUACAUUGGAAGUGGCCUUGGUUUGAAGGAGGUUGAUAAGGUUUGAUACCCUUCUCUACUGUAAUUUUGACUGCUUAUGUAAUAACUAAUUAUUGUUAGCUGAAGUGUCAUAUUUUUUGCAUUUGCAAUAUUGUAAAGAUUGUGUUAAAUAUCAAUUUACUUUGCAUCCUUCAA